AGGAAACACAAAGAUUCAAAAAUGGAUGACACUGAGCUGUACCGAAAUGCGGGAAGGAAGACUUCAAGCCUUCUGGAUACGUUUGGCAUACCUUCCGCAGCCUUCAAGACCAGUCUUCAAUUUGACCGAGGGGGUAAGCGCGACCUGAAACAGUAUCUAAUUUGCUACAGACCUGAAGAUGUCACCAAUCGGCAUUUGUUACUUUACAAUGGCAUCAUCAACUAUAUUCCUGGUCUCGAGAGCGAGCUCGACCACAUAUCAAGCAAAAAACUCAACAUGAUCAUUGCAAUGGUAUCAAAGGGUAUGAGUGACGGCAAGUCAGCCGAUUUGAGCUCCGUCAAGCACAAGGGCCUGCAAUACAUUGGGCUGAAUAUGUAUAGUGAGGCCAAUGCUCUUGACCCACCAAUUCCAGAAAUCGAGGAUAAGUCGAUGCGUGGGCUCAAUCACCCGCAGUUGGCCCAUUUACUUUGCCCUUGGAAGAAGUUGGUUUGGUUUGACGAGGACCCUGAUUCAUAUGUAUCUGGCGAAAUCACCAUGAUGGCACACAUCUGGCCAACAUUCUUUUAUGAACAUGGUGUUUAUGACGCUGCUGAAAAGACACACGGCCUGUUUCGAAACCACAUUGUUCUGAGGUUUUAUAAACAUCUUUUUAUUGGACCAUCAUCCGUCAUGAAUGACUCGUCAAAUGUUUGCAACUCUGUGAAGCCAUCCAAAAAUCGUGCAUGGGGACUGACAGCUGUUAACAAAUACAUCAUUGCAUAUGUUCACAUUAUCAUAAGUUUAGCUCUUUUGCUAUUGACAUACUUUAUGAUCAGCAGCGCUCAGCACUGGACACGGUGUAUUGGCGACAUGGACUUGGAUGAGCUCCUCUGGGCCAUCAUUGAAAUGCUAGACGACGAUCCAUGGGUCAAAGACACCCUCGCGUGGUGGAACAGGUACAUUUUUCUGUGUGGUUAG